GCAAUCCACCGCCUGCCGACUGCUCCUUGGCACACGCAUCCGAACACACAGCCUGUUUCGCGCGCACUCGACGUGCAUUCAUCCAUCGGGAGAUACCUGCUCUGCCAGUUUCCCUGCCGCCUGUGAACGACACCGACCGCCACUAUGGAGCAGCCGCAGCAGCAACAGCAGCAGCAGCAGCAGCAGCCGCAGCCGCAUAUCCAGCAACCACAGCAGCCUCAGCCCGGAGGCGUCCCCGGUCCUGCUGGCCGCCGGCUGCACAUCGCCCAUCGCAGAAGCCCCUCGGAGCUGACCCCCUUGAUGAGUAUGUUUGCGAAUCCCGGCAUGGAGCAGCUGGCCAUCCAGCAGCAGAUCGAGCUCCUGCAGCAGCAGCAGCAGCAACUCCAGGCUACUUAUCAGCAGAUGGGCAUGCUACCCGGUCAACCGCUCGGCGCGGGCGCCUACAACCUCCAGGCCGCCAUGAGCAACAUGUCGCCCCAAGCCGGCUUCCAAUUCCCGACCCAGCUGCCCCAGCAGAACGUGCCCCUGGCUACGCCGACACAACCCCUGUCACAUCGCCGUAAUCAGUCGGCUCUCCCCAAUAUGGGCAUGGGCCCUCCUCCCGCUCCAUCGUCUGGUGCGUCCGGAUCUGCCUUUGGCAGCUUCGAUACCUCACAAGGACAGGGGAGGGAGAACGCCGGCGGCCGUGGAGGACGGGGCGGUGGCGGCGCUGGAGGCGGCCAUCAGAGACGGCACUCCUUGGCUCUGGCCGACGCCAAGAAGGCCGCCGAGAUUGCCCAGCAGAAGCGCACUACGUCCGGCUUCCAAUUUCCUGCUCCUGGCGCUUCUGGCUCCGCCGAGAAGCCGGAGGACGAGGCCAAAGGCGCAGCCAGCGCUCAGCAGCCCGCAGCGGAACUCACGCCCGCAGCGGCUUUCCGCGGUGGUCGGGGUGGUCACGGUCGGAGCCAAAGCAUGGCUGUUGGCGCAAACGGCCGUGGCGGCUUUGGAGGCGAGUUCCCUCGCCGCGGCGGCGGCGGAGGCCACGCUCGCACUUCCUCCCGCAACUUUGACAGCAACUGGCGCACCCAAGGCCAGGGCCAGAGCCAGGAUCAGACGAGUGGUGCCGGCCAGAGUCAGGGAUCCGCGUUCCAGCCCGGCCAUCGCACCCGUAGCUCGCUCAGCCAUCAGUCCGUCUCCGGUCUCGGCGCCUUUCAAUACCCUGGUCAGCCCCAGCUGAUGCAGCUCCCCGGCCAAAUGAUGAUUCCCGGGCUCUACGCUGGGCAGCAGCUCAACCCCAUGCAGCUGAACCAGCUGCAGGCUCUCCAGGUUGCGACCAUGAAUGGUCAGCACAUGGCCGGCCUCCAAGCCAGCCAGCACGCUCCCCAGCUGACGGCCCAGCAACCCCAACAGCAGCAGCAGCAGCAGCGCAAGACUCUUUUCACACCCUACCUGCCGCAGGCGACCCUCCCUGCUCUCCUUGGCGAUGGGCAGCUUGUCUCGGGCAUUCUUCGCGUGAACAAGAAGAACCGGAGCGAUGCCUAUGUCUCGACCCAGGAUGGCCUGCUUGAUGCCGACAUCUUCAUUUGCGGCAGCAAAGACCGUAACCGUGCCCUCGAGGGAGAUCUGGUCGCCGUCGAGCUCCUCGAUGUUGACGAGGUCUGGGCUCAGAAGCGCGAGAAGGAGGAGAAGAAGAAGCGCAAAGACAUCACUGACACGCGCUCCGGAUCCACUGCUGGCACAAGCCAGGUCGGCGGUAAUGGCAACGACAACGACGCUGGUGAAGGUGGCAUCCGCCGACGUGGCAGUCUUAGACAACGUCCCACUCAGAAGAAGAACGAUGACGUCGAAGUCGAGGGCCAGAGCCUGCUCCUUGUCGAGGAGGAAGAGAUCAGCGACGAGCAGAAGCCGCUCUACGCGGGCCACAUUGUUGCCGUCAUUGAGCGCGUGGCCGGUCAGAUGUUCUCCGGCACUCUGGGUCUGCUCCGGCCCAGCAGCCAGGCUACCAAGGAGAAACAAGAGGCCGAGCGAGCUGCGCGGGACGGGAAUUUGGCCCGGCACCAGGAGCCCCGAGCCCAGGAGAAGCCCAAGAUUGUGUGGUUUAAGCCGACCGAUAAGCGUGUUCCCCUGAUCGCUAUCCCCACGGAGCAGGCUCCUCGCGACUUCGUCGAGAAGCAUCAGGAAUACGCGGAUCAGAUUUUCGUUGCUUGCAUCAAGCGCUGGCCCAUCACCUCGCUGCAUCCGUUCGGCACCCUGGUGGAAAAGCUCGGAAAGAUGGGCGAUCUCAAGGUCGAGACGGAUGCCCUGCUCCGAGACAACAACUUCUCGUCCGACGAGUUCUCCGAUGCCGUCUUGCGCAGUGUCGGUCUCCAGGACUGGACGAUUGCCAAGGAAGACGAGGCGGCCAUCGCGGCUCGCCGAGACUUCCGGAACGAGAAGGUCUUUACGCUCGAUCUGGACGGCUCGGCCGAGCUUGGGAACGGCGUCCAUAUCAAGUCGCUGCCCGACGGUAAAAUCGAGGUCGGCAUCCACGUGCCGGAUGUUACGCACUUCGUCAGGCCGAACUCCCUUGUUGACCGUGAGGCGAAGAAGCGGGGCACGGCAGUUCAUCUGGUCAACAGAUUCUGUGCCAUGCUACCUCCAAAGCUCUCAAGCGAGGUCUGCUCGCUCACCCCCAAGGAGGAUCGCCUCACCGUCAGCGUCGUUUUCCACGUGAACCCGCACACUGGCGCUGUUACGGAAGGCGAUACCUGGAUUGGGAAGGGUAUUGUCAAGAGCGGCGGCAAGCUCUCGCUUUCGCAGAUGGAUCAGGCCCUGUCCAACGCUGCUGGGUUUACACAUGAUGUUGUGGAGGCCAAAGACGUCCAGAUUCUUAACGUACUGACUCAGAAGUUCCGGGAGGCACGUCUAGGUGCCGGUGGCGAGCCCAUCGCUCCUCUCCGUCUGCUACAGCAGCUGGACGACGAGAACAUCCCCGUCAGGCACAGCCUCUUCGACACGACCCCUGCGACGGAGAUGGUCGAGGAACUCAUGCACAAGGCUAAUGCGUACGUUGCGCAGCGCUUAGCUCGCGCGCUCCCUGAGAAGGCCCUGUUGCGCAGGCAUGCCGCACCUAAUCCUCGCCGUCUGCAAACGUUUGUGGAACGCAUGACGGCUCUUGGCUACGAGAUCGAUCCGUCCAGCAGUGGCACGCUCCAGAACAGCCUGUUCAGGGUGGAGGACUCCGACAUCCGAAAGGGUAUGGAGACGCUGCUCCUCAAGUCGAUGCAGCGUGCCAAGUAUUUCAUUGCCGGCAAGACGGCCAAGCACCUCUGGGCGCACUACUCACUCAACCUGCCACUGUACACCCACUUCACCAGCCCGACCAGACGCUACGCCGAUAUUUUGGUGCACCGUCAACUGGAGUCCGUCCUUUCGGAAGGGAAGAUUGAGUACAACGACGACGUGGAGGCGCUCGUCAAGGUGGUCGAGGCCUGCAACAACAAGAAAGAUUCGGCGCAGAACGCGCAGGAACAGAGUAUCCAUAUCGAAGCCUGCCGCGCCAUGGACAAGAAGCGUCAGGAGGUGAACGGCGAUCUCAUCAGCGAAGGCAUUGUUCUUUGCGUGUACGAGUCGGCAUUCGAUGUGCUGAUCCCCGAGUGGGGCUUCGAGAAGCGGGUGCACUGCGACCAACUGCCCCUAAAGAAGGCCGAGUUCAGGAAGGAGAAGAGGAUUCUGGAGCUGUACUGGGAGAAGGGCGUGCCCAGCUCGGCGUACGUGCCCGAAGACGAACGCCCCAAGGCUGCCAUGUCGCAGCGCAUUUCCAAUGCUCUCGCCGCCGCUCGCCAGGCCGAGGAAGCGGAGAAGGCCAAGAAGGAACGCGAAGAGGCGGCCAGGAAGCAAACGGAGACGGGCACCAUGUCGACGGAUGCCGUCGACGCCCUCUUCGACGACGAAGACGAGAACACGUCGGAAAACGCGUCGGACAACGCGCUGGACAACGCGUCGGACAUCACGGAGGCCAUGGCCGGAGCGUCGCUGGUGGAGCGACCGACGCAGAGCGUCCCCGGCUCGCCAACUCGGUCCUCGGCGGAUGCGGCCAGCAGCCUGCACCGCACCCGGUCAGAUUCCAAGGUGCCCACCGCCGACGCGCCGGAGACGCGGCUGAGCAACAAGGAGAGAUACCUGAAGCUUUUCAAGCUCAGGGAAGAGGGUGGUGAAUACAUCCAGGACGUGACGGAGAUGACGCGGGUGCCUGUCAUUCUCAAGACCGAUCUCACCAAGAGCCCGCCGUGCUUGACAAUCCGGUCGGUCAACCCAUACGCACUGUAGAACAGUUCAGGCCUCCCACGCGGGGUGCAAACGCCUGGUGUCGACGGAGCUCCUGCUGGUUGAGCACAACCUACCAUCGAUCUGGGAGGUGAUGAAGCAAGACAAACGGAGAUGUGCA